AUGGAUCCUAGUACAUCCAAUAGUAAAUCCGAUACUGCGGGUAACGCUUCGGUUUUACAUACUAACAAUACUAACAACGUACAAGUAUUAUUACCCACAGCACAAAUAAAUGUUGUCACUGCUAACGGAAAAUUUAUACGCGCAAGAGCGUUGUUAGAUUCUGGAAGCCAAACUUCAUUUAUCAUAACUAAAUUAUUUCAACAAACCGGUUUACGGACCUACAAUCAAAAUAUUCAAGUUUUAGGUUUAUCAUCUAAUCCGAUACAAGUAACAAAUAUGGUAGAUAUAAAAAUACAGUCACGUAUUACAGACUUCACAGCCAAAUUGUCAUGCGCAAUUUUAGACAGCAUUACUGCAGAUUUACCACAUUAUCCAGUUAACACAAAUAAGUUUACCAUACCUGACUAUAUCGCAUUAGCAGAUCCAGAAUAUCAUACUCCUACGCAAGUUGAUAUACUCAUUGGAGGUGACUUACUUUUUGAAAUAAUGUCAUCUAGAUCAAAACAGCUUGGAAAUAAUUUACCGUUUCUCCAAGAUACAAAGUUAGGCUAUAUAACGGGCAAAGCUCCGACAAGUUACUCGCAUCAAGUAAGAGCUUUAUGUUCAACCUCAACAAGGGACGUCGACGAAAUAAUUUCGCGUUUCUGGAAAUUAGAAGAAGUCACUUCUAACACUAACAGCAUUCGUUUUCGUAAUCCCAAAGAGCGAUUAUGCGAAAAAUUAUUCGUGGAAAAUACUAGUCUUUCCAAUGGCCACUUCACGGUGUGCUUACCAUUCAUUGACGAUACAGCUUGUUCUCUACUAGGCGGAUCUUUUAACAUGGCGUUACGUAGAUUUUACUCAUUAGAACGACGUUUAUUAAAAGACGAAAAACUCCAACUAGAAUACAAAAAAUUCAUUCAUGAAUAUAUUUCCCUUGGCCACGCGAAAUAUUCAAAUCUCGAUUUGUCAAUAUUCAAAAACGACAACACCGACGGCUACUUCCUACCGCAUCAUCCGGUGAUUAGGGAGUCUAGUCUUACUACAAAACUACGAGUCGUUUUCGACGCUUCGCUAAAGACCACCAGCGGGUAUUCAUUGAACGACAUACUUUUGACUGGGCCAACAGUGCAGCCUGAACUAUUCGACAUACUAUGUAGGUUUCGCACACAUAAAUACGUGAUUACAGCAGACAUCGAAAAGAUGUAUCGGGGAAUAAGAGUAGCAGAUCAAGACACUAACUUGCAGCGCAUUCUGUGGAGAGAUAUUCCAAACGAUCCUUUGCAAUGCAUUACGUUAGUAACAGUUACGUAUGGAACAAGCGCAGCUCCGUUUCUAGCAACACGAAGCCUAGUCAAAUUAGCGGACGAUUACGCAACCGACUAUCCACUAGCUGGUAAUGCUUUACGUCGGGACACCUACGUAGAUGAUAUCCUCUCGGGAUCAGAUACUCUUGUAGGUUUAGCAGAACUCAAAGCUCAAUUAAAUGAGUUACUAUCGCUAGCAAGUUUCAAGCUCCACAAAUGGGUUUCUAAUCAAAAAUCGGUUCUCUGUGAUACUAUUACGUCUUCAACAGACAAAGUUGACAUUCAUUUAACAGACAAUGACCUAUCAGUUAAAACCUUAGGAUUUGGCUACAAUCCUACUACGGAUAUGUUUCAGUUUAGCUCACCAAUCGAUCAACCGGUUACUAAUUGUACUAAGCGAAAUAUUUUAUCAUUUAUCGGAAAAAUGUUCGAUCCAUUGGGAAUUUUGGGACCAGUUAUAACUCGAGGUAAACUACUACUACAACAAAUUUGGUCUAGAAAUCUCAAUUGGGAUGAUCCCCUACCUCCUGAUAUAUUAAAACAGUGGCAAGAAUUCGAGAAAGGUAUCAUACACAUGACCGCCAUAUCUGUACCUCGGUGGCUAUUUCUUAGUGAUUCUAUAAUUGCGAUAGAGAUUCACGCUUUUUCUGACGCCUCAGAAAAGGCAUACGGUACGUGCAUUUAUCUUCGUGUUUUGUACUCCACUCGAGCAGUUAGUACAAGGCUAAUCUGUGCCAAAUCGAAAGUAGCACCACUGAAACCGAUAACAUUACCUCGCUUAGAACUGUGCAGUUUUUUGCUUAUGGCACGUCUAACGCGUCGGAUAAUCAACAUUUUAAAUCUAAAACCUUCCAAAGUGCAUCUGUGGUUUGAUUCAAGUAUUGUACUUAAUUGGAUAAAUUCACCUCCAGGUCGAUGGAACACCUUCGUAGCUAACAUAGUUAGCGAAAUUCAAGAAUUGACCAACGGGUUUCAACGGAGCCACGUGAAAACAAAAGACAAUCCAAGCGAUGUUUUGUCUCGCGGAACAGAUCCAAAUUCACUCAUCACGAAUGAGAUUUGGUGGAACGGUCCCAGUUGGCUCUGCAAAUACGACUAUUCUUUUCCAAAUUCCGGAACUGUGGAAAUAGAACUACCGGAACAACGCAAAACAAGCGUCCAUACUGUCAUUAAGGUCGAUCAAGAUUUUAACACGUCUCAAUCGAGCAAUAGCUUAUUGCUUUCGGUUCAGUCACAAUGCUAG